GUCAUCUCCAACCGGCUUUGUUUCAGGAAGCAUGUCCGUCGAUGAGUUUCCUGCAGGACAGAACGGCGGAUAAAUUGCAAAAUAGUGCAAUGGCUCUUCCUGCUGCACAACGUUUAGCUGCACGUUUUGGGACAUUGCGCUCACAUUUUCUGAAUGUUUGUGUCACGAGGCGUGCCCGUUGUCGUUACUAUACAAAAGAAAGAUCACUGGACCAUCACUGUCGUGAUCUCGAGCGCUACAGGGACUUGAAAGCGUGUUUCAAGAGACACCUGAAGGCAACUUACAGAAAGUUCUCAAACAUACCGGACCACUCAGCGGUGUACGGUCGUCACCAUGUUUAUUUUAUGGAAGGAAACGCCAUCUACAGAACGGAAAAGAAAAAAGGCGAGUCGGAACCAGAGCGAGUUCUCGACCUGGGAUGCAUCUGUGCGGGUGAGGAGGCACAAGAGUGGACUGUGCAGAGAAUACGACUUUCCCCUCACGAGAAGCAUCUUGCCGCCACUGUGAAGAAGCACAAUACAGAAAUAACAAGGUGCGUGGUCGUGAACCUUGACCAAAGAAACAUACUCACACUGGACGACGUCUUCAGCUUUGAAUGGGCCACAGAUGAGGUGCUGUUUUACACCAUCCAGGAAGGUCUGAAGUGCCAAAGUGUAUAUCGCAUGGACCUGACACCAAAUUCCAGCAAAAUACGCUCUGUGUACGAGGAAUCGCAGCCGGAUGUUUUUGUAGAGGUGUCCCUCUCGAGAGACGGCCACAUGCUGAACAUCACCUGCAGCAGCAGGAGCAGCUCUGAGGUGUCGCUCGUGGAUGUCUCCGACCCCCAUCUGGAGCCCGUCUUGGUUCAGGCGCGCCAGCCGGAGCUGCUGUACCACGUGGAACACUGGAGGCGCAACUUGAUCAUACUCGCCAACACGGGGCCUGGACAGGAAUAUCAGGUGGUGAAGGCCUCCCUCUCUGAGCCCUCCAUGAUGUCAUGGGACGCCAUAUUCACCCCGUGUCCCGGCACUGUGCUCAAAGACAUGGACGUGGUCGGGGACCACUGCAUACUGGUUGCCUUGACGACGAGCAAUGAGCUUGAGCUGAUCGUCGUGCCGCUUUCCCGACCGAGGGAAGCUUACACCCUGCAGCUGCCGUCCUGGGCGUGCGCCGUCGACACCGAGCGUCCGGGCCUUGCAGAGCAACGCAGCACACUGCAGCUCCUGAUCUCCUCUCCGGUCAGCCCCCCAGUGUCCUACCGUCUUCACCCCGAGGGAGGUUUCCUUUCAUCCAACACGGGAGACGGGCCCUCUCGGGAAAAUUUUAUCACUGCGCGAUUGAAGGCCCGCAGCCAGGAUGGCACCUUGGUGCCUGUUACACUUUUUCACGCCGGGGCAUGUACAAAAGACAUGCCUCUGCUGGCGCACGUCUACGGGGCUUACGGCCGGGACGUCGACAUGCAAUUCUGCCUGGAGAAAAGGUUUCUGCUGGAGCAGGGCUGGGCUCUGGCCUACUGCCAUAUAAGAGGCGGAGGAGAGCGCGGGCUGGCGUGGCAGAGGCAAGCUCGCGUCCAGGGAAAGCACAGAGGAGUGGAGGACCUUCAGGCCUGCCUCCAUCACCUCUUCUCCUCGGGGGUCUCAAGCCCUCCAAUGAGCGCACUCACCGCGCGCAGCGCCGGGGCCGUGCCAGUGGGGGCGCUGUGCAACACACGGCCAAACAUGAUGCGGGCGGUCGUGCUGCAGAGUCCUUUCCUGGAUGUGCUGGGAACAAUGGAGGACCCCAAAAUGCCUCUCACGAUGGAGGACAGGGAGGAGUGGGGAGACCCCCUGGGAAAUCCCCAACAUAGGCUCGCCAUCGCCUCCUAUUGCCCAGUUCACAACAUCACUCCUCAGUGCUACCCGUCCAUGCUGCUGACGGCUCAAGCCGACGACAACAGGGCGCCUUUGGCCGGUGUCCUCAAGUACACCGAAAAGCUCAAGGAAGCGGUGCAAAGUCACUUGAGCGUGGCAGCCAUAUUGGACCCUGAACCAAAUCUAGUUGUGAAUAUUCAACCUGGAGCCAAUCACGUGGGACCAGUUGACUGGGACUCCAUGCUGGAGGAGGAAGCCUUCCAGAUUGCGUUUCUCUACAAGGAGUUGGGCAUGGAACCUCCUCAUCCUCCACGCAGGAGGAAGAGAACAAACUUGUGUGGAUGACAGCAGAAGACAAGACAAGAGGCCAUGUGACUGCAGGGUUGAUUUCUUUUUGCGUCAUGCGCAUGUGAUGAGAAACAAUAUGCACGUUAGCAUGUGUAGAGAAUGUCCAAGGCGCUUAAAUAACAGGCCUUCUCCGAGAUGUAACACUGGCUCGGGUGGUUGGCAUUAAAGCGAGCGUGCGCCGAAAACUCAAUGGUCAAACCCUCUCCCGCCUCCGUAGCGAUCGCCGUCUUGCUGACCGCCUUUCCGUCAUUGGCCCGGUCGGUGCUCAUCAGAAUUCGCAUCUGCUCGGGCAGCUCCGCCACCGCCGACAGGUCAGUGACGGCCGAGCUGCGGCCCACGUUGAGCACCAAGAGGAAGGCGCGCUCCAUCCCGUCCAGCUCUCGCAGGUAGGCCAAGACAUUGCGGUCAGCGUGGACGUGGCAGAACCAGCCCCGUUGGAGGGGCAGCUCCGACUGACGAAGCUCGCUCAGACGGUGGUACUGAAACAGCACCGAGUCUUCGUCUCGCCGCUGGACCUGGACGGCGACGUGCGGCAUGGUCGAAUCAAUGUGCGGUUGAUAU